UGGCUUGCCGAAGCCCCGCAGAGUUGAUCUGUCAACCGGACUGAAAACCUUGACACUUCUCGGCGGACCCUGCCCGCUGCUGACAGCUUUAUUCAGGCACCGGGCUGCAAACUACAGAAGACGCCGUCGUCGGGGUGUGUUGCCGGGGGAACGGGGCCGCGUCAACGGCUGUUUCUGACGCGAUAAAAGUAGCCGUCGUCUGUCAGAAUCCCAACUAUCCGACAGCGGAGCUAGCCAGGCAGCUAAUUACUGCCGCUACCGCCGUCGACAGCAAUUUAUGUCCCGUGUGCUAAUGCUCAUCUGUCUGUAGGGAUUCAUUUGGACUCAGUGACCCCGCUGUGAUGAUAUCCUGACAGUUCCUCUCGCCCGUUCCUGCCACUUUCCCAAGCCUGGCUAGCAGCGAGCUAACUUGGCUAACUAGCAGGUUUUCACUGCCACAGCGUCGCGUUGAGCAGCCAGGAGCUUGAAAUCCGAUUGGAUACGUUGACCGUGUGCCAACGGUGGUGUGCGGACACCGGGGACACCGAAGACACCCCCCCUACCCUUACCCCCGGGCCGGCGACACGACCGUGCCGAGGGCCCCUGUUGACAGUGUGCAGGGAGAGAGAGAGAGAGGACCUAACAGCAGCAGAGACACUCGGCCAUUCAGCGAGGCAGAGGCGGUCUACUGCCGGAGGAGACACCGGACUGAACGGAGGCAGAGUCCCAAACGUUUGACUACUGUGAUCCGGGAAGUGAUCCGGACAGAGACCUCAUGAAUGGAAAUCGGAACUACAGGAGCCGUUGGGGCCCAGUCCCUGUUCACCAUGCCUCGGCGGCCUGGCUAUGGCACCAUGGGGAAGCCAAUCAAGCUGCUGGCCAACUGCUUCCAGGUGGAGAUCCCCAAGAUGGAUGUCUACCUCUAUGAGGUGGACAUCAAGCCUGACAAGUGCCCCCGGCGAGUCAACAGGGAGGUGGUUGACUCAAUGGUGCAGCACUUUAAGGUGACAAUCUUUGGGGAUCGCAGGCCCGUCUACGAUGGAAAGAGGAGCCUGUACACAGCCAACCCACUGCCUGUGGCACCCGCAGGGGUGGACCUGGAUGUGACUCUACCUGGUGAGGGAGGAAAAGAUCGGCCCUUUAAAGUUUCCAUCAAGUUUGUGUCUCUGGUCAGCUGGCACAUGCUCCACGAGGUGCUGACUGGCCGCAGCAUGCCUGAACCUCUGGAGCUGGACAAGCCCAUCAGCACCAACCCUGUGCACGCAGUGGAUGUAGUGCUUCGACACCUGCCCUCCAUGAAGUACACUCCGGUGGGUCGAUCCUUCUUCUCAGCUCCAGAGGGCUAUGACCAUCCCCUUGGAGGUGGGAGGGAGGUUUGGUUUGGCUUUCAUCAAUCUGUGCGUCCUGCCAUGUGGAAGAUGAUGCUUAACAUUGACGUGUCUGCCACCGCCUUCUACAAGGCUCAGCCAGUCAUCCAGUUCAUGUGUGAAGUGCUCGACAUCCACAACAUCGACGAGCAGCCUCGCCCUCUCACCGACUCGCACCGGGUCAAAUUCACCAAAGAAAUCAAAGGUAAAGAACGAGGUUUGAAGGUGGAGGUGACGCACUGUGGAACCAUGCGGAGGAAGUACCGCGUCUGCAACGUGACCCGUCGGCCUGCCAGCCAUCAAACGUUCCCUCUACAGUUGGAAAACGGUCAGACUGUAGAGCGCACUGUAGCCCAGUACUUCAGGGAGAAGUACAACCUGCAGCUUAAGUAUCCACAUUUGCCCUGUCUACAAGUGGGUCAGGAGCAAAAGCACACCUAUCUGCCCCUGGAGGUGUGUAACAUUGUAGCUGGUCAAAGGUGCAUCAAGAAGCUGACAGAUAAUCAGACCUCCACUAUGAUCAAAGCCACAGCUCGCUCUGCACCCGACAGGCAGGAGGAGAUCAGCAGGCUGGUGCGCAGUGCCAACUAUGAGGCAGACCCCUUUGUGCAGGAAUUCCAGUUUAAGGUGCGCGACGAGAUGGCCCACGUGACGGGGCGAGUGCUACCCGCCCCCAUGCUGCAGUACGGCGGCAGGGUGAGCACAGAGCACUUUAUGAACCGCACCGUAGCCACGCCCAGCCACGGGGUGUGGGACAUGAGGGGGAAGCAGUUCCACACCGGGGUGGAGAUCAAGAUGUGGGCCAUCGCCUGCUUCGCCACACAGAGGCAGUGUCGGGAAGAAAUACUAAAGGGUUUCACGGACCAGCUGCGUAAGAUCUCUAAGGACGCUGGGAUGCCCAUCCAGGGCCAGCCAUGUUUCUGUAAAUACGCCCAGGGAGCGGACAGCGUGGAGCCCAUGUUCAGACACCUGAAGAACACCUAUGCUGGACUUCAGCUCAUCAUCGUCAUUCUGCCGGGAAAGACUCCUGUCUACGCCGAGGUAAAGCGUGUGGGAGACACCCUGUUGGGCAUGGCCACGCAGUGUGUCCAGGUGAAGAACGUGGUGAAGACGUCCCCUCAGACCCUCUCCAACCUCUGCCUCAAAAUCAAUGUGAAGCUGGGAGGCAUCAACAACAUCCUGGUGCCUCACCAACGACCAUCAGUGUUUCAGCAGCCAGUUAUCUUCUUGGGAGCAGAUGUUACACAUCCACCUGCUGGAGAUGGGAAGAAGCCUUCAAUUGCUGCAGUGGUAGGCAGUAUGGACGCCCACCCCAGCAGGUACUGUGCCACUGUGCGGGUCCAGAGGCCCAGGCAGGAGGUCAUCCAGGACCUGGCCUCCAUGGUGCGAGAAUUGCUCAUCCAGUUCUACAAGUCAACCCGCUACAAGCCCACCAGGAUCAUUUUCUACAGGGAUGGAGUUUCAGAAGGCCAGUUCAGACAGGUGCUGUAUUAUGAGCUGCUGGCCAUUCGUGAGGCCUGUAUCAGCCUGGAGAAGGAGUACCAGCCAGGCAUCACCUACAUUGUUGUGCAAAAACGCCACCAUACACGCCUCUUCUGUGCCGACCGCAACGAGAGAGUUGGACGUAGUGGAAACAUUCCUGCUGGUACCACCGUGGAUACGGACAUCACACAUCCCUACGAGUUUGACUUUUACCUCUGCAGUCACGCUGGAAUACAGGGCACCAGUCGGCCCUCCCACUACCAUGUACUGUGGGACGACAAUUGUUUUACCGCUGACGAGUUCCAGCUGCUCACCUACCAGUUGUGCCACACCUACGUGCGCUGUACCCGCUCAGUCUCCAUCCCUGCGCCAGCCUACUACGCCCACCUGGUGGCCUUCCGUGCCCGCUACCAUCUGGUGGACAAAGAACAUGACAGCGCUGAGGGCAGCCAUGUGUCUGGUCAGAGUAACGGUCGGGACCCCCAGGCGCUGGCCAAAGCUGUUCAGAUCCACCACGACACCCUGAGGACCAUGUACUUCGCCUGAGCUCCACUGACCCGAACCCCAACCAUUGCCACCCUUUACAAACACACAGACACACACAGACACAACAACCAUGCACAUCUGGCUUGCCAGUCAAGGAGUCCUCAUAUGUGCAAGUCCCCCCCCCACCCCCCCACACGCCUAGUCAAUCCGGACCUGACACUGUGCAGAGGAAAGCAGGGAGGAGGGAGGGGAGGAGGCACCCCCACACUGGACUGAGGAUGCAAACGCUGCUUUAAAAACAAACAAGAGAGAAACUCAGCACUAUUAUGCAAUAUUAAACCAGCCAACUAGUUUAUUUUCACCCCUUAUCAGGCCCCCUUUUCACAGCCCCUCCUAUCUGUUCUCCCCCGUUUGUCUCCUUUACUUGUGGCCUAGUGGGUGUUUUAUCUUGUUUGUUUUUACUUUCCCCCCCCUUCCUUUAGCACAGUCUCUCUUUCUAGUCUACUAAUCUGAUCCUCUGCCAUCUACAGUACCUCAAGUCAGUUUGAGCAGCAGCACUUUUACAUUCUGUUGACUCUCCCCAGUGUUUCAAAGGAGGGAGCCCAGGAGGAAGGGUCAGAAUCUAUGGAGUUGGUGUUUGAUUUAUUAAUGAAUUGAGUUGUUUCAUUGGGCCAAAGGUCCUCCCAGUUGCCACUUUUAACUUUCCUUUUUUCCUCUUGUUUCUUCUGUUCUGUCACUUUUCACCAGUGUGUGUGCGCGUGUGUGUGUGUGCGUGUGGGUGUGUGUGAAAUCACCAGUUUCUUGUAUGAAGCAACAUGUUCUUUUGAGCACACUGCCACCUGUUGGCGACGAGGUAUAAUUGCCCCUUUAAAAGUCACAACAACAAAACGAGUUGUUGUCCUAUAAGAUCAUUUAUCUUUAGCAGUCAGCUGUCACAUUUAAAAAGGCAGUUUAUAUUGGCUGAUAUAUCAAACGCAGCCAUCUAUGGAUUUUAUUUAAAGUAUAACACUGUUAUUUUUCUUCUACAUUAUGUGAAACAUUUUAUGAUUCUGAAUUUUUUUUUUUAAUCAUUUAAAUCAUGUACGCAUAUUGUUUUUAAUCUUUCGUAGUGGUCAUGCAUUCGUUUCCCUCAGUGCUUUAUCUCACGUUUCCCCUCUCUUGAGUUUGAGAUGAUGGGUAAAUAGAGAUCACGUCGAUGGUUUCCUCUAGUGCAAUAAUCAGUUGAACGAAGGGAAGUGGAUUUUAGGGGACUUAAUGAAUCAGAAGAACAGUUAAGAUAUUUCAUUUGAAAGUGAGCGUCCUCGAAAGGAGAACAGUUUGCCACUCGCUAGGCACUUUCAUGUAUUGCUCCUCUGUGGGCUGAUUGAUCAUCAUGUUUUAUGAGUUUGCCCUUGCUGUGGGGGCUAAAAUGGUGCAACUGCAGUUUUGAUUGAUUUUCAUGUUUUUACUUGAAUUGAAGGAUUUUAUGCGCCUCUGUGGUUUGAGAAUACUUUAUCAUCAACGGGCAUAGCUUCAGAAUUCCUGAUCAUCAGUUUGCUAAUGAGGCUGAUUUUCUUAAUUCCUAUAAAGUGACAAAGGUUUUCACCUCACGGCAGCAAAGUGGAGUGUCAAGGCCAUAAAGUGGUAGUAUUCAAGUGCCUGGUGGAAGUUAAGUGUUAAAUGGUCAAAAGCUGCAUAAGAUCCUAUUUCAGUGGGGUAAAAUAAUAAUAAAAAGAAGCAUAUUCCAUAAAAAAAGGACAGCAUAAGAUGGUGUAAAAGCAAGAAAGUUUCACCCGAUGCCUCUUAUACUCCUGACUUUUCUAUACAUCUCAUUCAAAUCAUCCUAAGAUCAAUAUAUUUAUUGUGUUUGCCUAUACAGCAGUGUUAGCUGUUGGCUUUGCUUCGGAGCAGCGUUCAAGCAAAGUAGGCCGAGUUGUGUUUUUGCUUAAUCUUCACCAGACAUGGAUCCAGCUGCUACAGUGUGUUUGUACCUAAAAGGCCGGCUUCAUGGGCACGGAGUCAGCCUCAUCGUUAACUGAUAACCUGAGUCUGGGACUUGGCUUUUGAUCCCUGUCCAUGUAACCGGCCCCAAAGUUGCGACUUGCUUCAGAACAAGCCUGAGGAGUUAAGUUCGUGACCGAUAUUUGCAGCAGAAGAACAGCUGGUUGUCGAUAUGAAACGCGCACCUGGAUUGUAGCCACAACUUCGCUCCUCUGGGCAGCUGAAGCUCGUCUUGGGGGGUGUUUUUAAAAAGUUAUCUGCACUAAAAGAAGCUGUGUUUCGGGACUGAACACAGGUGUGGUGCUACUCUGUCUGAAUAAGAAUCAGAAGCUGAACCUCUUUAAGUGAGACUUUUGGAUGAGCAGGUGGGUAGGGAAGUAGAAAAAAAACGGAAAACCUCACUCACUUUAAGGACGGGAGAAGGUCCCACUGCUAUGGUUUGAGGUAGAUGUGAUCUGCGUUGAGAAACGGUACUUUGGCGGACGUUCCCUCGGACGGUGAGGAAUAAUGUCGGGCCCUACGUCCUUCCAGCGUGGAAGCCAGUGGGUUUGAGCCUUCAUGAUUUCACUCGUGUCUGAAAGCCUUUUUAAAAGCCAGAUUGAAAGUAUAUUUGUACAUUUUAAAUUAUGUAAUGCACACCACUUAUUUUUGCUAACAGAAAAAAAAAAGUAGUCUAAUUAUUAUUAUUAAUCUUAGUAAUAAAUGUAUCAUGAUAAGUAAUGGUUAAAAAGUUAUAAUAACAAAAAGUUUUAUUAUUGCAAUAGACUGUUGACUUGUUCCUGUGUCACUAUAGUUUAUGUGUGAACAGUGGUGGGGUCGUUAAAACUAGUGAUGUGUGUUUGGACUGUCAUACUGUUAUUCAUAGGGAUGUGGACUUAAACCGCCUCUUGCUUUGAUGUUUGGAAAAAAAAAAUCUGCAAGAAUGCUUAUUUCUCUCCUUUUUCUGUGUAGAUGCUCGUACAGUCGGAGGUUUGUGGUAGAGGGGAGGAGGAUCUCAAGAGAGAAAAUAUUACAUACUGUACUCCAAAAGGCUUUGUAUUGAGACGUCACAUCCCUAUUGUGACGACAAAUACUAGAAUAGAAGGAGAGCCGGUUGAUGCAUUGAGCAGAGUUUCUGCUCUCGAAUGUCCUCGUUUUUUGUUUUUUUUCCAACUGGUGCUGACGCCUGCUCCUUAUCAGGACGGAGAGGGAAAAAGAAUGUGGUUUUGAAAGUCUUGUUGAUCCAUUUCAAGGACACGUGUGAUCAAAGAAUACUGUAACAAUGGCUAGAAGUUUCCCAUUCCUUUGUGUUAAAGCCUCGGGGGGAUUUACGUCGGAUUGCAACCUCUGUUGCUUUCCUCAGACUCCUCUCCUCACCCGAGCCACUUCAUGUGCUCGCAAAAUACAAAGAGCUACCCUCCCGGUAAAUCUGUGGUGUGACAAAGCCUGUAAGCUUAUUGUUGCUCUCU